AUGGACAACUCUCCGGUUGAUGACGAAGUAAUCGACGACGAUAGUCAAGAGUUGUUCAUUAAUUUUGCCCCGGAGGUCCAAAAGGCGAUUGAAGAGGUUUUACCCAGUAAAGAUCCUCUGGACGAGCCAGAUUUCAACAGUAUUGAUUAUAUUAACUCGUUGUUCCCCACUGAACAAUCUCUAUCGAAUAUAGAUGAAGUGGUACUGAAAAUGGAGAAUAAAAUUAGUUGUAUUGAUACUGAAAUUAGUACUGUGGUUAGAGGACAAAUAGAGGCGAGUAAGGAUGGUAGACAAGCCUUAGACGAGGCUCAAAAGGUAAUAAAACAACUAUUUGUACAUAUAAAAGAAAUCAAAGAAAGAGCAGAAAAAUCCGAAGAGAUGGUACGAGAAAUAACCAGAGAUAUAAAACAAUUGGAUUGCGCUAAAAGAAACUUAACUCUAGCUAUAACCACAUUAAAUCAUUUGCACAUGCUUGUGGGUGGUGUGGAUACUCUGAAAACGUUAACUCAGAGAAGAUUCUAUGGUGAAAUUGCCCUUCCAUUGCAAGCCAUAAGUGAGGUUAUGGCGCAUUUCGAGAACUACUCCGAUAUCCCGCAAAUUAAAAGUCUCAGCGAUCAAGUAAAAACAAUACACGUCGAGUUGGCGCAUCAGAUUACCCAUGACUUUAAGGAGGCCUUUUCGGGCACCAACAAACAAACGAUACCGAACAAACAACUGGCGCAAGCUUGUUUGGUGGUCAGCAUACUUGAUCCCAAGGUUAAAAGGGACUUGCUGAGGUGGUUUGUCAACUUGCAGCUGCAAGAGUACAACCACUUGUUUCAAGAGACCGAAGACACAGCUUGGUUGGAUAAGAUUGAUAAGAGAUAUGCAUGGAUCAAGCGCCAUCUGUUGGAGUUUGAAGAUAGGUUGGGCAACAUGUUCCCGCAAAACUGGGAGGUGUCUGAACGGAUAGCAGUGCAGUUCUGCCACAACACCAGGGAAGAAUUAACGAAAAUAAUGUCGAAAAGGAAAAACGAAAUCGACGUGAAACUUUUGCUGUUUGCAAUACAGAAAACUGCGGCAUUCGAAAACUUGCUGUCCAGAAGGUUUACCGGGAUCACCAUCAACGAAAUGCAGGUGGCGAAGCAGGAAAAAGACAGCCACUUGGAGGGUAGAUUGGGAGAAAAUGAGAGUUUAUUCCAUAAUUUGAUCGGGCAGUGUUUUGUACCUCAUUUGGAUAUCUACAUUGAUAGUGUGGACAGGAAUCUGGCGGAUCUGAUUGAAAGGUUCGUUUUGGACGAAAAGCAGUCCCGACCCACGGAAGCAACCGACACUCAAGCGGCGAUUCUUCCGAGCUGUCCCGACCUGUUCGUGUUCUACAAAAAGAGCAUGAUACAGUGCAAUCAGUUCGAUCGCGGCCAAUCGAUGCUCAACCUGACGAAAACGUUCCAGAAAUACCUGCACGAGUACUCAGACAAACUGCUGCUCAACGGCCUGCCGAAAAUCGAGUCCCAAACCCUCGGAACCAGCGUGCAGAAUCUCACGAGGGAUCUGCAGAAAAUCUCCACUUCCGGCUUGAUACACAACUUCUCUUCGCUGUUGAAAGACGGCGAAAUAACGCGGUUCACGAAAGAAGAACAGGCGAAGAUUUGUUGCAUUCUGACGACUGCCGAGUACUGUUUGGAGACCACGCAGCAGUUGGGGGAGAAAUUGAAGGAAAAAAUCGACCCCUCCCUGGCCGAUCAGGUGGAUUUGUGCAAGGAACAGGAUAACUUUCAUAAAGUAAUAUCGAACUGCAUCCAAAUCCUUGUUCAAGAUCUAGAAAACGCUUGUGAACCUGCCUUAACUGCAAUGAGCAAGAUUCAAUGGCAAAAUGUGGACACGGUGGGCGACCAGAGCCCCUACAUCACGGCCAUAACGACGCACUUCAAAACCACUGUGCCGAUAGUGCGCGACAACCUGUCGCACUCGCGCAAGUACUUCACGCAGUUCUGCGUCAAGUUCGCCAACUCGUUCAUACCGAAGUUCGUGCAGAACGUGUACAAGUGCAAGCCGAUCAACACCGAGGGCGCGGAGCAGCUGCUGCUCGACACGCACAUGCUCAAAACGGUGCUGCUCAACUUGCCGUCCAUAGCCUCCACGAUAAAUAGGCAGGCGCCUGCGUCGUACACCAAGGUGGUGACCAAAGGAAUGACCAAAGCGGAAAUGAUCCUAAAGGUGGUAAUGACGCCCAUUUCCCCACCGUCUAGUUUCGUGGAUCAAUACAAAAAACUCCUCCCCGACUCCCAAUUAACGGAGUUCAGCAAAAUUCUCGACAUGAAAAGCGUCAAAAGGCAGGAACAGGCGGCGCUGGUGGACAUAUUUAGGUCCCAGAAAAGUUAG